AUGAAACCUCGCCUAUCUGGUAUCGGUCUGAAUAAGACGCUUCUCGAUAAUCAGACAGGAACAAUGCCUGAAAACUUUGUUCUUCUGGAGGUUGCCAGUGAAGUCAUGAGAGAAACGAUUGUUAAACAAUCAUCUCGCGGGAAACGAGCCCAGCUUCGGAAUGCCAUCUACACAAUGCUGGCGAUAGUAAUGUCAUACUUAGUAUGCAACGGUGUUCACAUUUUUCUCUCAUUUCUCGAACGAACCGACGAUGUUUUCUCACUUCUCUACGACUCAGACGAUCCAAAUCAGUCCAGUAACUUCUACAUUGCGCUUUCGGACACGGUCAGUAUCUGCUAUAUGGUUUCAUCGGCGACUCGGAUUCUAAUCUAUGCCAAAUGCAAUACGAAAUUGAGAGAAGAGAUCGGCGACUACCUGAGAGAUAGGAAAUCCUUUUAUGCUCAUAACGAUUCUUGA